UCCCGCUCCGGUCCCCAGCGGGGAGGGACCCGCAUCCCGAACGGGCUCCGGUCCCGCGUCCCCAACCGGCUCCAGUCCUGAACGGGGAGGGACCCGCAUCCUGCUCCGGUCCUGAACCGGGGAGCACCUGCACCCCGACCCAGCUGCCCCCAAACCGGGAGGGACCCGCAUCCCCCUCCAGCCCUGAACUGGGAGGGACCCGCACCCCGAGCCGGCUGUGCCCUGAAUCGGGAGGAGUCUGCGCCCCGGUGAAACUGCAGCCAAGCCCGGAGGGACCCGCACCCCAAACCAGCCAUGCACCCCGAACCGACUGCACCCUGAACCGGAAGGGUCCUGCACCCCAAACCGACUGCACCCUGAAGCAGGUGAGUCCUACGCCCCGAACCAGCCCUGAACUGGGAGGUACCCGUGCCCUGAACCAGCCAUGCACCCCGAAGUGGCUGCCUGCUGACCCAGGAGGGACCCUGCACCCCAAAUUUGUCCCCUGAUCCUGCCGUACCUUAAAGCAGGAGGGACCUGCACCCCAAAACCUCCGUGCGCCUGGUCUGGCUGCAUCGUGACGUGAUGGAUAACGCCCUGCCGCUGGAAGCGGAGCUGGAUCACCGGUGGCUGCUCAACGCCUCCUUCAACGAGUCCUUCGCCAACCAGUUCGUGCAGCCCCCGUGGCAGGUGGCCCUGUGGGCUGUCGCCUACGCCCUCAUCGUGGUGGUGUCGGUGGUGGGGAACGUGGUGGUGAUGUGGAUCAUCCUGGCUCACAAGAGGAUGCGCACCGUCACCAACUACUUCUUGGUGAACCUGGCGUUUGCCGAAGCCUCCAUGUCCGCCUUCAACACGGUGGUGAACUUCACCUACGCCAUCCACAACGAGUGGUACUACGGGCUGCUCUACUGCAAGUUUCACAACUUCUUCCCCAUCGCCGCCGUCUUCGCCAGCAUCUACUCCAUGACGGCCAUCGCCCUGGACAGGUACCACUUCUGCAUGACCAUCCUGAUCUACUUCUUGCCACUUCUGGUGAUAGGAUGUGCCUACACUGUGGUCGGCAUCACCCUCUGGGCGAGCGAGAUACCCGGCGACUCCUCCGAUCGGUACCACGAGCAGGUCUCGGCUAAGCGGAAGGUAGUGAAGAUGAUGAUCAUCGUGGUAUGCACGUUCGCGGUGUGCUGGCUGCCCUACCACAUCUACUUCACCCUGCAAUAUUUCAGCCCCGAGUGGUACCUGCAGAAGUUCAUCCAGCAGGUCUACCUGGCGAUCAUGUGGCUGGCCAUGAGCUCCACCAUGUACAACCCCAUCAUCUACUGCUGCCUCAAUGACAGGUUUCGUGUGGGGUUCAAGCACGCAUUUCGGUGGUGCCCGUUCGUCAGCGCCAGUGAGUACGAGGGCCUGGAAAUGAAGUCAGCCAGGUACCUGCAGACACAGAGCAGCAUGUACAAAGUCAGCCGGAUAGAGACCACCGUGUCCUCAGCGGUUGGUGGGGCCGAAGAGGAGCUGGAGGAGAGCAGCAAGGCCAAGCGUCUCUCCGUAGACAUGACCUCCAACGGCUCCUCCCGCAGCGACUCCAAAACGGUCUCCGAAAGCUUCAGCUUCUACUCCAACACACUCACCUAAGGGGCUCCCUGGCUCCGUCAGCCGCUCACAAGGGUGCCACCAUCCCCCUUCCCUCACUGGGAUGCUGUUUUGCUCAGUCCACCCAGCAUCAUCACCCUGGUUUGUGAUGUGCCAGCUUUUUUCCGUGCUGUUUUAUCGUCUCUUGCUGUGCCGCUCGCUCGCCAUCCUUGGGCGAGCCCGAGAGCUAAAGCUUUGGAUUAGUUUCAUGUGCUCCACCGUGGCUCGUGUCCGAGCACAGGGGAGGUCUGGCUGGCCUCCGCCUUGCUCACUGCCUGUCCAACCCACCACGUGCCAGGCGGGUGGAUAGGAUGCAGGCAUGGGGCAGAACUGGGAUUUUCUCCGAAACCGUAAGUACAACAUCGGCAGGCACUUCCCUGCUCUCUGUACAGCAGCAGGGAUCUCCCAGGGCAUCCCAGCCCACAGGAAAAUGAACCAGUCUUGCACUUUCGUCCUCCCAUCUUUCAUUUCAUUCUCCCUGUCACUCUCAGCGGGGUAUUCAAUUCAAAAAUCCAGAAAAAAAUCGCUCUUUUCAACUUCAGGAGCCUGUACGUCCAUGGGGCACCACCAGCCACUUGGUGCUUCAACUCAGAUCCAGGCAUUUCUGCAAAGUCUCAACUCAUCUCCGGCACCCGCAUCCCUCUGCACGAUGGUCUUCUGUCGCCACUCCACAACACAGCUCAUCGAAACAGAGCUCUCGGAAAGGGUUUCUGAACUGAGCCAGACUUUGGUUGCUGUUAAUCAACCGCAUGUGCCAAAAGCAAUCACUGUGAUUUCCUAAAAGGCCCAAGGAGAUGUCUCUUGGAGACAUUUUGGAAGCCUGUGGAGGUCUGGAGAAGAAGAGACUGACAGUACUGAAAUGUUUUUCACAACCUGGAAAUGUCUAGAGCUGCACAGAAAGGGGCAUGGUAGGAUUCUGUCAGAAAAACAAAGUUUUGCCAGCAUACAAGAUUGGAAGGGAAACAAGAAUUUUGCAGACAUUUUUUUACUCAGAGGAGGGUUGAAAUGAUUCACUUCCACUUUCUGGAUUUUGUUUUAAUCAGGAAAACCUUUUUUUUUCUUUUCAUUCCCCUGUCUUUCGCAUAAAACAUUAAGUUGAUGAUGUGUACCCGGAUAUAUCUAAUAUUUUAGCCCUCUUAUAAUGGAUAAUUUUCACUGGGGGUGUCCAUACCAAGGGCUCCUUUGGUCAGCAAAGGUAUGAACAUACACUCAAAGGGGGAAAAAAAACCCAAACAACUAAAUAAAAUGAAAGGUGGGUGAACUUGCCUUGUUGGGAACAAACCCACAAGUUUGGGGGCAAUUUGGGGGCAGUUGUAUCAACUGCUCCUUGCUCCUGGUCCAAUCUCCCACCUUCGGUGUAGAAAUCAGACUCCUAAAGUGGAUUCACUGCAAGGUAGAAACGCUGGAGAGAUGCACGACAGAUUUUCACAGGGCAAGGAAACUGCUCCUUCGUUUUAAAGCAGCUGAACACCAGACCCUGAUGAGUACAGUAAUUUCCAGAAGUAAAGCAGAGGUGACUUUUGGAGCUGUUCAACUCUCCAGCCUCCGCACUGGUUGUUGGAAGAUCCAGUCAUUAAUAAAUCCCAGCCACGGUGGUUCCUGGAGGUAAAAAGACGCGUAUUUAAGCAACGACUCCAGCAGAAAUUAAGUGAGUGGGCAGAGAGAUGAAUCCAAGAGAAACAAAAUGGCUGCAAAACCAGAUGGACAAGAAUGAUCAUUCUUACCCAAAAUCCUGCCAAGUGCCAUCAGCGAGGAGCAGCUCUUCCAGCCACUUCCACGCUCUUCCCGAGUGCUGUAACUACGUGACGUUAAAAACCGCCUUCACACACAUGCUGGAAUACGCUCUUUUCUUCCUGCUUAAACUUCCACUUCUCACCGUUCUUGUCGCCUUAAGACACAUUUACAUAUUUCCUUGCCACUGCCUCCCGCAGCCCUGUGGCAUGGAGAAGGGGGAACUGCACGAGCCUGCCCGGGGGAUUUGCUUUUACAAAAAAAGCACCAACCCCAGGCAGCAGUGAUCGAAGGGAUGGGCGAUGCCAAGGGGUUUAACGCAAGGAUUGGACGUGGAAACUUUUCCCGCCAACUCCACAGGAGCUGUGCUGCCAAUACACGAGAAGGUGCUACAAACCAGAGCCAAAUUCUGAUUUACUCCCAGCUGCCAACCCAAAUUCAAAAUGAAAAUGAAACCAAAUAUCUGGAAAUGGUGUAGAGAGCUGAAUCUCUAGGAGAUCCAUACACCCCACGCACAAGGGUUUUGUGUCAGGCUGGGAGCCUCGAGAAAUCAGCGUUUAGGAAAAAAAAAAAAGAAAAAAAAGUUAUGUGUGUGUGUGUGUAUGUAUAUAUAUAACCAUGCUGCCCUUUCGUCCUCCGUGUUUUAUGCCCCAAGGAUGCUGUGGUCAUGAGACGUGCAGAGAAACGACAACUGUCUUCCCACAAGCAAUGCUCAGCUUGAGACGUGGGAUAACCCCACGGGCGUGCAUGAAGGCUUCAAUUCAAGCUGAGAGUUUACAGCCCAAAACGCUUCUUGUGCAUCUUGUAAAAAAACUCUCUCUUGAAGUAAAGUGGGGAAAACAAAAGUCCCACCUGUUAUAAAUAGUGCCAACGAUCGCAGCGGAGCCUGCCUGGGACAGCCAGGCCGAGGGGAACGUGUCAAAGGAUCGUUCAGCUGAUGGAGACCAAUGCAGGAAAACCCAAAUGUUCUGUGUAAACGGGCACAGCGCACCCAGACCCGGGUUUUUCCUUUCCCCCCUCCGAGUGCCAAAUUAUUUUAUCAAGUGGAGGGAGGAGUAGGGACGAGGCUCUUUUCACAUUUAGGAUCUAAACCAACCCGCGAGAUGGGAUGUUGGGGUCAGGUCCGUGUCCACGCAUAUCGGGCAACAUCACCUGGUUUCACCAACCCUGGGGGGCUCUGUGCAUGCAAAUGCCACGGAGAAAUCUUCGUUUGAAGACUGAAAAGCCUAAAACAAGACACCCCCACCCAGGCUUGGGGGUGGGACAUCUAACCCGACGGCAAGCCCAGUCUCUGCACUAUUUCCAGCUCUCCUUUCACACGGGUCAGCUGGAAUACAGAGGCUUUCUCUGGUUUAUUAAGCCUGUUUCCCUGGUUUGCUUGCAGAUCUCUGAUUAGAAAUUCAAUUGCAAAGCGAGACAGUUUCUUUGUCUCUUUCCUGGCUUUCUGAAAUGCAAACUAAUAGCAUCUGGAGAGAAUCAUUCAGCAGGUCUGUGCACAUCCCUUUGCCAUCUCCUCUUUGGAGGCAAACAGAUAACUCCGCCAUCAUUAAGGGGAGCUGCCUAAGCCCAAUUAUAACUCACUCAAAGCCAAAACCAUUGCAGAAGGGAGCUCUGAAACCCAAAUCCCCGCCUGAAGCCAUCUCCUUACCCCCAGGAGAUUGAUUAUAAGCUCAGGUUUGCUUCCUGGCACUCAGAAAUUGCUCUUCCCACCUAGCUCCCAGCAGGAGCAUGGAGCAGCAAAUCCUCGUCUCCGUACAUACAUACCUCCAGUCUGCUCAACUGCUCCAAAACACAACAUUUACACACAGUUUCAUGUGUAACCAUUUAUCUCCCACCAGCUCAAAACAA